UUAAACAUAUAUAUGUACAGUUAUUUGAGAAACGAAACUGCAAAAGUCAGCAGCACAGUGACUGCAAAGCAACGAUCAAACAGACAGCGACAUGGAUCCUGUGACAGGUGUGGCUGCUGCAGUAGGAGCAGUAGGAGCUGUGGCUGCUGCUCCGUUUGCUCUGGGGGUAGCAGGUUUCACCUCAGGUGGAAUAGCAGCAGGCUCCUACGCUGCAGGCCUGAUGUCCUCUGCUGCUGUAGCUAAUGGAGGAGGAGUAGCAGCAGGAAGUGUGGUGGCUGUUUUGCAGUCAGCAGGUGCGGCAGGUCUGUCAGCGACUGCCAAUGCAGCUGUGGCUGGGGCUGGAGCAGCAGUGGGAUGGGUGGCCAGCUUUUUUGGAUGAAAAUCCUCAAGAAAUCACACAUUUACAACAAAAUCAGAAGUCUUGUUACUUGUACCUGUUACUUAACCAGCAUAGUUGUGAGAUGGUGUGCUCUUGUUCGAUUUCUGCACGCUAUGUUCCCCAAAAUAAAAUGCACUGAAAGUGUU